AUGCUCAAGAAGCUCUGUUCUCGACAACUCCAAAGUGAAAGAAUGGUGAGAGCUAGGAAGAAGAACCACAGCGUGCUUAUUGGGUCAACCGGAAUCCUUUUUCUUGUUCUUUGCUGGAAUUUCAAACCGCCUUCGCAAAGGCCGAACAAUUUGCGAAACAACUUGCAUACAACUGAGCAACGAGAGCGACACAUAAAGGUCAUUGAAGUCGAGUCUGCCAAGGAUGCUCUCCCCGAAGUAGCAAAUGACCGAGAUCAUUCACAAGAGCAACAUUCGGAUCCUUCUCCGACAACAGGUACUGCAACUGACGUGGAUUUAGACAACAGGCAGUCGGGAUAUGCCCUACCCCGUAUAAAUGGAGGGCUCGUUUUCAACGUUCCGGCCUCCUGGAAUAGACUCCAUGCUCCUUGGUUCCAACCCGACGCCGUUAAGUUGUUGACGCCCAAGGAAUCAAACCACAGAUACUUAUAUGCAGCAACUAGAAUCAGCACUAGUGACGGAAUCGGACACUCUAUGGGUGUGGUUAAUCGCGAUUUCAAUUUUGCGAUUAGUCUCAAGCUAACGUAUACACAUCGUCUUGGAACAUACUCAUCGCUGACAUUCGAAGACAGAAAUGCAGUGGAGGCCUUCUUCGGGUGGGGCUCUGGGGAAGUGCCGAGAACAAAAAUCCAGCAAGAAGGGUGCGUUCCGCAGGGGGGUUUUUGGCCGGAACCCAACCAGACGACAGCGUGUCAUACCUGUGAACGUCCUAGGAUUAGCGGCGCACUACGAAUCCAAAAUUUGGUAGAGAUACCGGCAGACAUGAGGUCUAAUUGUCUCCACCCAGACGAUCCUUGCCAGUCAUAUCGAAAACGAUUUUUAAACGAACAUCAGGAAUCCCAUACAAUCUUCCAAGCCUCGAGAAAAGCCUGCAGCCCCCCAGCAACGGAUAAUAACUUCUUGGUAUCCAAAAGUCUGUUUUUCCACAAAUACUGGGAUCAACAUGGCCUUAGGCCUUGGCAUCCCCGGAAUCUUACAACGCAAGCUGGAGAGCGACCAAUUCGAUACAAUCCGGAGGAACUCAAUGUUGCUAUUCACAUACGGAGAGGUGACUUCCUAAUCCCAGAAACACAAGCAAAGCGGGGUAUCACGAAAGAUGAAGUAUUCGCUAAAGUUCUCAUUAACGCGCUUUCUGUUGUGCAAAAGGAAGGGGGUGUAUUCUCAGAAAUGCCUAUAGUGGUGCACAUAUACAGUGAAGGAAGGCUCCAGAAGGGCAGCGUCCUGUCAAUACACAUGAUCGAACUGCAAGAUAACUUGUACUACGAUAGCAGCGGGACUCCGAGAAACGCAGUCUGGUGGAAAAGUCUGAUCUUGAAAACACUAUCACGCUCCAACGCGAUUGAACUUGAGUCACUCAAAGAACGGCUUACAGUAUUAUUUCACAUCAGCGAAGACACCUUGCUCUGCCUCCACGAAAUGGUGUCUGCAGAUAUCUUCAUCGGAAGCAAGAGUGGACUUAGCAACGCAUUGGUGUGGUCACUGUCUCGAGGAGUUGUACUCAUUCCAUAUGCCCCAACGAUUAACAUCGAGAAAGGCAAAAAAGGUAACGUGUGUUGCUCCAUUCCAUUUGCAAAUGAGGAUGGCAUUUUCGAUACAAAGCAAUUCUCGAUGUACUGGAACGCAUAUUCUCAAGCAAACUCCGAGAGCGCCUCAGAGGCCUUUGCUACGUAA